UACAGCAAUGGAACAGAAACAACUGAUUUCUCGUUGGAAUGUGUGGGGUUUUCUGCAAUUUGGCAUCGAAAAGGUGGUUGUUAUAGACACAUGAAUCCCCCAAAGCAAUAAAACCGAAUACCUUUUUCACGUUGUAGCUAUACAUUCCGUAAAGAAUUUAUAAAAGGUCACAUUGUCGCAAUAUGUCACCGUAUAUGUUCGGAUAAGUGACGUGAUUGAGAUACUAUUUAUAUAUCUCUUGCGGAACCAUCAACAGAUAUUUGAAAACUGUACAGAUAAAUUCAGCGUAAAGCUUUAUAACAAAAUUCGUAUUUACAGAUAUUCUUAAUGAUAACAGACAAUAGAAAAUAUAAUAAGAGUUAUUUAACCGGCCUUCAUGAGUUACAGAAUCAAGGCACGUAGAAGGCAAUUCCAUUUUUCAACGUUCUCCCUCCCUUCGAUAUACAAUAAUGGCGGACAUCCGAGCAAAUAACUGCGAUCAGGAUUCUAUGUAACCCUCGGCAACUGCAGGCCGUCCUAACGUUUCCCAGGCAAGGAAGGCGCUCUCAAAAAUAGCAAUGUGUGGGACCAGAUUCAGGUAAGGCCGGCCGAAUGACCCAAGGAAUGUCUUAGCUAUCUUUUGCACUUUCCUCUUGUCCUUAGCGAAGAUGCUCCCUACUUUCCGCCAAAUCUAAUUUGAUACUUUUUGUUUCCCAUUUUCACGUUAGAUUCGAAAUAUCAUAUUCGUAUGGAAAUGUCUGAAUGUGGGCAACCCUCGUCUAUAGAUAACGAUUCUUAAUCACCUGUCUAUUUGGAAAUUUCGUUAUUACUCAAACUACUUGCGCAAAAUGAUUAGGACUUAAGUACGAGCGAGUAAAAGAACAGUACUUACCGUACGGAGGAACGAAACAUCAUCUUGUUCGGAAGACCCUUCACUGUCCGCCAUUAUGUCGCUUUAUUCACAGUGACAAAAAAACUAUAACAAAAAUACACUUUUACACUGGUUUAGUUCAUAGCACGACGUAGGGGGUAGGUUGAUCCUGCAGCCUUAUUCCAUGGCUGCAAUUGGAUGGUUGGUAACAGAUUUAUUCACGAGGCACAACUUUUGCUGCAGCGGUCGCCAGUCCCCCACCAACUUGCGGGCUGCAGUGACCCGGCCGGCGCUCGCCACCCUAGAACCUCGCCACGCGCGUCCCGAACUAAACUUAGCCUGCGCGAUGCCACAUGGCACCAGCGCUCGCGCCCCUGCUCCUUACACAGCCUGUCGCCCAUCCGGAGAGGAAGGGCUUACGUAUGUUCGAGAAGGAUCCCUAUAUGUCUUUAAUCUACUUAAGGAAAGUCCAUUGAGUAGUUAUUUACCUGUUAUUGAAUAAAAGGCACUAAAACCGAAGGGUGAUAGAGGGUAUAUCCUUUGCACCAUGAUAUAUAUACUUAGUUAUUUUUUCUUCACUAUCAGUAAUCAAAUUCCUUUUCCUUCUCCUUCUUACGUAUUGGGCAAGGGCAGAAUGUGUCACGUGAAUGGAAUGGAUGUUGCAAAAUGACUGUUCUAAGGAAAUUCUCUGAAUUAAAUGCUAUUUAAAGGGAGGCUAAUAGAACAGCCCCUUCUGCUUUGUUUACAUGUAUAGACGCGAGAAUCGUGGUGAGAAGUAAAACAAAAUACGAUCGGAAGAGACGUAUAAGAGUACUAAAGCUUAUCGAAUAAUAAUCAAUUCGCUUUAGCAAGUAUACACGAAGUUCCUUUUCGCACUCUAUGCAUGGUGAUCAUCAACAAUUGACAAGUCUGAUGCCUCAAAGUGCCAAAAUGUUGAAGGCUUUCUCAAUAUCCAACAAGCGAGGAGAAAUUCUCUUUAUCUCAACUUUUGAGCCCAAUAUGACCAAAGAUGCCUUCUACCCAUUCCUGUCAGAAAUCUCAUCAUCUCCACAUGGAGAUCCCCCUCCUGCCUUUGUAAGAUUUUUCUUUUUCAGGCAAAAGAUGAGCACAAAUAUGUGUAUAUCUUCCGUGAUGACCUCUACUGGGCUUGCAUCAUGGGCAAUGGGAGACUGACCGAACAAUGUGGACAUAUGCUCAUAACUGACAGUUUGUGCCAACUUCAUCGAGUAUGUUCUACCCUGUGUGGGACAAUCACACAGCAUAGCAUCACCUCUAAUUUAACACUCAUUGCUGAAGUAGUACAAGAAACCAUGAAUGGAGGGUUUCUACAAAUGCAGGCAGCAGAUAAGCUACAGUCACACAUUUACAGUAGUGUUGUGACUGCCAAGGAGAGUUCUGUAAUGACAGCAGCUCCUGGAUUGUUUGGCAUGGAAAAGUCUGCUCCUUGCACUGCUGCACAACAGUCAGCUUUGGCAGUAGAUAACAGUAAAAGAGAGCUUUAUGUGGAUGUCGUCGAAAAGGUUUGGGCUUCCGUAGCAUCAAAUGGGACUGUGAUUCGUGCAGAAGUAACAGGAUCUAUAAUAGCCCGCUGCUUUCUUGCAGGAAACCCUAUGCUUACCAUCACCCUAAACUCUCCUCUUUGCACAACACCAUUAGAAGGAUUCAGCACUGGAGCUAGGAUGUCAGAGGUGGAGUUUGGCACUGGAGUAGAGGUUGCUGGUGGGGAAACAGGUCGUCAGCUGAGUGUGAUAAUAUCUCCAGGACAUGAAGUGACCAUAGCUCGCUACACACUAUCCCCAGACCAUCCGCACCUCCUGCCCUUCAAUCUUGCUGCCUCAUUUCAUAGUCUAACUGCAAGUGAUUGUGAGCUCAGAUUAAAGUUAACAAGCAAUACAGGAAUGGGUACUCUUGCACCCCAAGUGACUUUCCGGGCAGCUGCACCCCCAACCACUGCAGCAAUAAUGUCCAGGACUUCAGGCCCAAAAGACCAAAAUAUCAAGUUCUCCCCUGAAGAUAAGACUAUUACAUGGACAAUAUCACAGUUCCCAGGUGGCAGCUAUGCACAGGCUUUCAUAAGGAUGGUGGAUGCAGGUGGUAAUGCUACCAUAGAUUCAGGGGAACUGGACUUCGAGGUAUCCCGUUGGGUGUGUUCAGGAAUCAGAGUAGAAAGAGUGAAGUUGAAUCCAGCCUUAAACAACGUCAGUAAAUGGGUUCGAUAUCUCACUACCUCAGAUAGUGUUAGCGUCCGCCUAUGUUAGUUUUAAUAUUUGUGCAUUGACCAUCUUGUUUUUAACUCUUCAUUUUGUAUGUAAUGUUGACAGUUGAUUUUUGUUUUUUAAUGUUGGUGAUUUCUGGAUCAUAAGAGUGUGUAAUUAUUGUGUAAAUGUGUAUUAUAAAUGAAAUAUGAAAAUAAAAGUGUGCUCAAUA